AUGCCAUCAUCCAAAAAGUCGUUUUUGUUCCUGGUUUAUGUAUUAUGCACGUUCCGCGCUGCGCGCUCGGGGGACUUUGGAGACCCCAGACCCUGCUCUGGAUCACACUGUCCGGGGGGCAGAUCGUCCAGACCACCGCGACAGCACAAUCCGACAACACAGAGCAGAUCAAUAAAUCACCAUCAUGCUCCCUCCAGCUUUCCAUCGGAACAUCACGCAACGCUUCUGUCCCAGCGCGCGCGGUCUGGAGACCAGACAAGGGAAACCGUCCAGACGCGCGUCGCCGGAGUUUUUGGUCCUGUGUGCGCAGACUGCGUUACGCCUCAAAGACCAGAUCAUGUUAUGAACGACACCAGAGAAUGUAAAGGAAUUGAGUGCCGUCUGCCACUGAGGAUACGACCGAACCCCAGACCGAGACCCUGUGCUGGAGACGGGUGUGUGCUCGGGACCAGCCAGCCUCCCCUCAUUCAUGUGGCAGACAGAGCCGCUCAGUUUCUGGGGGAAUUUCCGGACAUGGGAUAUCCUGCAUCAGAGAGUGGGGCUCCUCUGGGAGUUCAGCUCACUUGUGACAUCAAACCAGGAGAGAAUGAGGUCCCUGCCGAAGAUGCACUUAUCCUUCAUCUACAGCUGGCAAAGGGACAAGAGAAGCUGGUGGAGGCUUUGAGAGCUCAACAAGUAGUGAUCCGUGAUCUGCAGCAGAGACUGGUGGAACAGCAGGGCGCCCUCCUCUCCCAGCAGCGUGAGAUACUCGACCAGCAGCGCCGCAUGUAUGAGCAGAUGGAUGUGGUGAAGGCUCAGUAUGGUCUGCUUUCUGAGACUGUCAAGCAAUUCUCCUUCCAAGGCUUGCAGGGAGAACUGCAAAGCUAUUUUGAAAGCCACCUGGCCGGCCUUCAGAGCCAAGCACGUAGCCACCUGCAAAAGUCCUAUGCUGUGCAUAAGGUAGAUGUGGACACCAAAGUGGUGAAUGUAGUUGGAGAUGCAGGGCACCCAGUGUUGGGCUGUCAAAUUGCUUGUGGGCCUGAAGAAUACUGCGACUUCCAGAAUGAUCCACCGCAGUGUGAAAGGUGCACUAUGUGUCCUCCUGGAUUCUUCCUGGUGUCACAGUGCUCCUCCAAUGCUGAUAGGAUGUGCCAGGACAGGGAUGAAUGCCUAGAAUUACCAAGCCUGUGUGGAGAGCGAGUAAAAUGUCUAAAUACCCCAGGUGGGUUUCGUUGUCUCGGUGUCUCUGAAAGGGAGAUGUCCACAGGGCUGUGUGGUCAUGAGUACUUCUACAAUCAAGAACUUCAGGAGUGUCGAGCUUGUUCAGACUGUGAUGGCGAGCCAUUUGGCAUUCCCUGUACUUUCACCAGUGAUGCUGUAUGUGGAACUGUGACUGAGAACAUUCUCUCGCAGUCUUGGGCAGCUUCGAUUGCCAUACCGCCAACAAAGUCAAAGAGUACUUCCAUCUACCCAGGGCUACAACUCAAUAUUCGUGGCAAAGUAGGAAACAAUCUGUUGACCAACCAUGAUGAUUACCUCAACCUCCAACAACAUGGACUGGUCUGGAUAGACUACAACUUUGCACUAAAGCAUAGCUGCAGGAACUUUCUCCAAGUCGGGAUACGGAUAAACGGCAGUGAAGAGGAGGGUAGAGACCUCAGCGGGGUUCGAAUUGAGCAACCUGAAAGGAAGUUCUUCCAGGGUGUGACUGUAAGUGCAGCAGUUGAGGUGGAACCCAAUCAUACUCUGACGCUCGUGCUGAAGAGCCCCAACCAAUACUGCAACCAGAGUAAAGAUAUUCAAACCUAUGAGCUUGGAGGAGCUUCGUUCAGCUUGCUCUGGCUGUCCCAUGACACCGGCGCUGUGGCCAUGACUGCACAGAUGUCCACAGCAGCCCACUACCAGAGUAACUAUCGCCCCACCUUCCGUAUAGCCACUGUCUCUGAUCCCUACAUAGUGGCACUGACCCAUGACAGCCGUGGGGUGCGUUUCAUGGAGACCGGUGUGGUGAAGUUUGUUCUCCAACAGGCCAUCUAUUCAAUGGGCCAUUCUUGCAUUCGAGAAGGUUUCUCACUGAUUGCCUAUGUCAACAGAAAUGGCACUAACCAGGAGGUGCUACGCUCCUUCAAGUCUGGCGUUAACUACAGAGACACCUCCAUCACCCUUUCUGGGGCCACAAGGGUAGACAAAGAAGACUGGCUCAAUUUUGAAAUUGUUGCCCCAUCUCAGUGCAAUGUCCGCUACUUUGGUGAUAGUUCUGGGAUUAGUAUGCUGAGCUUGAUAUGGAUCCCUAACGCUGUCUCCUCCAUGUUCACAGCCACUGUCUCAAGAACAGGUCUACCCUCUGGGGCAGUACGAAAUAAACCUCUGCUCUUUAGGCAGAUGAGCCCAAAUACAGACCAAAUGCGAUUAGCUGGGUCAGGUGAGCCGCAUGCUCAGAAGAACUUUGCGUUUUCGGAGGCUGGGACUGUCAGUGUGGCACUCAACCUAAAACUGAUCCACUCCUGCAGUGUGGUCAAGCUGACCCUUUACCGACAAGGUACAGAUGGAGGUCAGGCCACAUCCUUGGCCCAGCAGGUGGGUGGACAUAUGCCUGAAGGUAGUGAGUGGGCCAGUGUGGGGCUGAGAACUUCUUUUGAAGUGCAGAAUGGUACAGCCAUUUAUGUUUCUCUGGACUGCAUUCGUGGGCGGAUCAACCAGAUCACCCAUGAGGGAGGCACCAACAUCUCCAUUCUUUGGUUGGCGUCAUGAUCCCAAGUAUGCAAUCUUAGAUCUAAGGUGUCGUAAUCAACUGAAAAAUUACUUUGGAAAAACUGGUGCUUUCAUAGGACAAAGUAGAAAACUUUAAAUAGAUGGACUUUCCAAAAAUUAUUCAUUUUUAAUUGCUAAAAUGCACAGGUGCUAUUAAUCUGUGCUUUGGCUGGUUGAGCAGUGACCAAUUUUUCCCAAGGGAGUAAUCCAUGUAAAUGUGUGCAUACAGUAUUUUGUGUGUGUUUGAUAGAGUGUGUUUGUUAAAGAGAAAGAAUGUGUAUUUGCGAGUUGAUGUGAUGAUUUUGCUGCACUUUAUCAAUACUGAAGUGCAGUAUGUUGUCCAAUGCACAAUUUUGUGUUUGCCUUUUUGAAACAACUGGGAUUCAGAUAAUAUAGCUUGAUCUAUAUGAAAGAUAGGCACAUUAUAGAAAUCAAAAUAACAAUAUAAUGAAAUCAUUAUGCAUCUUUCAGCUCCUGAAUAUUUAUAUUUAGUACUAUGAAUGCAUACUGCUGACCAUAAUGUCCUGUCAUUGUAAUUUAUAUGAAAAAAUACAAAACAUUGACAAAUUUGCCCAUUCAUGCUAAGUUACAGUGUAAGUGGCAUAUGUCUUCUAUUACUCUGAAUAUUUGCUGUUUUUGCAUACCAUGUUUAAUUGCUUCUGUGUGUGCUCAAACUACAGUGAAGAGAACAAACAUUUGGCAACAUUAAUGUCAUGUCUGCCUUCACUGUAAAACACGUAAAAACCAAAGUAUACAUUGGCCUUUAGACCCGUGCAUUUCAAUGCAAAGACUGGUAUUUCAUUUACUGUAUAAAUAAUGUAGAGCGUAAUCUUUUAUGAAACAAAAUUAAAAGUCAUAUCUAUUUUGCCAGAAAAAAAUAAUUGGCUUCUUAAUAUUUUCUUAAAGCUUUUUAAGGGCUCUAUGAAAUGCAAUCUACUUGAAAGUCCAAACGGACUGUACUAUUCUUACAGUAUAUUUUAACCAUGUUCUGUACUUGUUUAGUAGAGAACAGGUU